AGCUGUCAAAAAAAAUUCUGAAAAACAAAGUCGUCGGUGGAGGAUGGGGGUUCUGCAGCUGUACGAAAUACCAUAAAACUCGAUUUUCCACUAAUUUAGCUAGUGCCCGGCCCCGAAAAACGAGAUGGCUAAACCCGGAUUCCUCACCCUGUUCGUUUGCAGCGUGUUUUGCGGCGGCCUGUCGCUGACCAACCAUGCAGGAGGAGGAGGAGAGUACGAUCUGUAUGAUUUGAACAGUAUUUGUCCACUGCGAAGAAGCAUCUUCGAUGCGCUGUACCCGCGCAAGGAAAUACGCCACCUGUCCGACUUUCAUCGGGGCGCCAUUUACGAGCAGAGUCUCAAUUCGUCCACCUUCAAGCGAUACAACGAGUGCAAGUUCACGCUGCAAGCCCCCCCGGGGUACGGGUUGUACUUAAUUAUCCGCAAGUUACGGUUGCGAAGGGAAGCCAAUGGUAACUGCGUGGAUUCGGUGACCGUAAAGACUAGCAACGACAAGAAGGUGCGCUUCUGCUACACCCCAAAAGAUGUACCGAGAAGUUUCGCCGAUCCGACUCAUCUGAAGAUCACGAUCAAGAUCGAUCACUACCGGCCUUUAGCGACCGAGGAUAGCACGCUCGACAUACAGCUCGUGGCCACACCGAAGGGUUCCUGUUCGCAGAUGCCCAACAGGCUGCAGUGCGAACCGAACGACCCGUCGUCCUGCAUCCAUGACUCGUUUCGUCACGAUCGCAACAUCAACUGUCCCAACUGCCUCGACGAGGACGGUUGCACGCUCGAGAUGCAGCAGAUCCCGGUGGUGAACAAGCAAAACGUCUUCCUGACGGCACUCGUAGCCUUCUUUGGCGCACUGAUUAUGAUGGGACUCUUCGCAUGGAUUGUGUACCGGUGCUGGUUUGCACGGUCCUGUAAUGCCCACGGUGCCAACAGUGCCAAUGGUGGGCUGGUAAGCGGUCGCAACGGUCCGCUCUUUCGCAACAACAACGCCGGUUCUUCGGCCACAGCACCUGAUAUAUUGGCUACCGAUGAGCUGCAAGGGGGUUCGUUGAGUGAUGUGCGCCCAACGGCACCGCCCGUCGAGGAGAAGGAUCUUCCGCCCAGCUACGAUGCACUCUUCCCUACCGCAGAUGCCUCCAGCAACGCACCAUCGGGACCUACGACCGUAUCGACGGCCACCUCGCCCACCAUACCGAAACCAUUGGAACGAUGAACGGGCAGGGGAACUACAGGGUGGACCAGGAAACUCCACGAAACAGCAAAGCGAAUGUGUCCAUGAAUGCAUUUCCCGUUACUGUUUACUGUUGCGGUGUAUAUAAGCUUUAACAGAUGUUCUGAUUAGAUAACCCCCACCACUACCACCACUACUACGCUACAUUUAUCGUAUUAAGGAAAAGGGUUUCGGACGGAUUUCGUUCGCAAAGAUGCCAAUCUAGCAGAAUCCGAGCCCCCAAAACUACUCUAUGCCGCAACCAACCAACUCGGUAUUAAAACGCAAGCCAAAUGUUUCGCACAAAUCUUGCGAAUGUACAGAUUCAUUCGUCGUUUAAGUGAUUUAAGAGAGGGAGAGAGAGAAAGUUGUCCAGCCGGAAUCGCACCGACUACGCGCCUGCGCGAAUGAAACACAAAUCUUUACUUCAGAAUCUCGAACGAGCGCGUGUUUUAAGUUUGGGCAUUAGAUCGAGACGCAAUCUCGAUACACUUGUUAGAACGGAUAGAAGAGAGGAGAAUGAGCGGAACGGGCGAUCCGGUGGACAACCGAUACUGAGUAAUUUAUUAAUUGUCGAAGGGGGAGGCAGGGAAUGCGAAACAACGAUCGUAUCCACAGCGUGUUGAAUGUGCAAAAGACUUUUCUAAUUCUUUAAAAUGAAGAAAAAGGCAGAUAAACCGGAACCCCCGACGAGGCUUCCCGCUGGCCCGUUGGACGAUUCAUUCUGCUCUGCUUUUGCAAUUGUUUGAACGUUUACCGAUCCAGUACCCUCGCCAGCUCUGGGGUACCCACCGGGUAUGCAUAGAGUUUGUGCACGGUUCGAAUCAAAUUUAUAAAGUGUUAUUUUGAAAAUAAAGAGAAUCGAAAGUAGUU